AUAGUGCAGGCUUUUUUCCUGCCACCUCCAGCCAUGUCAUCUGUCCCAUAUAAUACAAUCUAUCCUGACCCUGGCCCCAUACCUAUUUCUAUCACAGAGUCCCAGCUUUCUAGAAGUAUUGCAAAACUAAGUCCCUAUAAGGCUCCCAGACCAGAUAGAAUCUGUAACAUCAUAUUCAUCUGUUGUGCUGCUUUACUUGAAUCAUAUCUGCUUCACCUUCUUAGGGCCACAUUCACACUCAAGACUUUUUUGAAAGAAAACAAAUUAAUUUUAUUGUCCUUUAAGGUCGAAGACCCUAUGUAG